CCACUUUCACCGUCCACCACCAUCAUCGCCAAUGUCCGGCUUUCCCCAUGGCUCCUCCGGCGCCGGCAAUCCUUACGGCCGGCCGCCGGCGGGGCAGCCCUACUAUGGCCCUCCUUCGGCAUACGGUGGCCCUUCGCAGUACGGGAGCCCCUUUGCAUCCUUGGUGCCGUCGACGUUCCCUCCGGGAACGGACCCCAACGUGGUGGCGUGUUUCCAGGCUUCGGAUCAAGAUGGGAGUGGAUUCAUCGAUGAUUAUGAGCUCCAGAGGGCGCUCUCGUCGUAUAACCAGAGCUUCAGCAUGAGGACUGUUCAUCUUCUGAUGUACCUAUUCACCUCCUCGAACACUCGCAAGAUCGGGCCGAAGGAAUUCACCUCCUUGUUCUACAGCCUUCAGAACUGGCGGAACAUAUUUGAGAGAUUUGAUCGUGAUCGAAGUGGUAAGAUUGAUUCCUCAGAGCUUCGGGAAGCGCUGCUUAGCAUGGGAUAUGCUGUUUCCCCAGUUGUACUGGACUUGCUUGUCUCCAAGUUUGAUAAGACCGGCGGCAAGAACAGGGCCAUUGAAUAUGAUAACUUCAUUGAGUGCUGCCUUACUGUGAAGGGUUUGACGGAGAAGUUCAAGGAGAAGGAUACAUCGUACAGUGGCUCGGCGACUUUCUCUUAUGAGUCCUUCAUGCUAACCGUGCUUCCAUUUCUCAUUGCUUAGAUAGUUGUUGUUCUUCUGCAUGUCCUUCUGAGUUAUGUAGUGUCGUUGUUGUUUAUGUUGAUGUUGUUGCUCCUUGUAAUUGUUGUGCUUGAAAUGGUGAAACUUUUAGCUUGAAUGAACAGGCCUUUAUGCCAUUUAUUGUUACAGUUAAUCAUUACUUUGUUCAUGUGUA